CAGUUGCUAUGGUGAAUUUACAAAUAAUGUUUUGGGGAAGGUGAAUCCGAAAUUUAAACCAGAUGUUGAAGGUUUAAAAGUUGCUUUUUCUCUUUCUCUCGUCAAUAUUGCAUGGGAAGAUAAAGGAGUAUUUAGCUUUGUUGCUUGGCCAAAAAUGAAUUGGACUGAUCCCAGAUUAACAUGGAAAUCUGAGAAAUUUCAAGAAAUUCACCUACCAAUUGAUGAUAUUUGGAUGCCAGAUGUCAUUGCCUAUAAUCUGUAUGUUGAACAUUCAUUAUUAUUAUUUAAUUAAUUCAAUCGAUAAAAAUGAAAUAAAGCUUGUUUAUCUCAGAUUGGAGGCUGAAGAUUAUUUAAUCAAACCUUUGGCAGUUGUAUAUUCCAAUGGUUUUGUUCUUGUUAUCCCAUCCAAGAAAUAUGUUGUUCGUUGCACAGAGGAUAAAGAUCAUUUGUACACGUGCACUAUAACUUUCGGCUCUUGGACUUACAGCAAUAAAGACAUAGAUCUUGUGUUGAGCAGCGAUCAACUGGAUCUGGAUCUUUACGAAAAUAAAGAUUUUGAAAUUGUCGAUAGUGAUGUUGUUCGUACAGAGAAAAAGUAUUCGUGCUGUCCAGAAUUGUAUAUUAGUUUAAAGUAUACUAUUCAACUUAGACGAAAAGUGUAAUUCUUAUUUGAAAUGCUCUACUUUUAAUUCUCCUUUUUUAAUAAACAAUCAAUACAAGUAUAAGAGAAAAAUAUUUGGUUUGUUAUUCGUUGAUUCCAACAAAAAGUAGGUCAUACAAUUAAAAAAUCAUUUAUCAUUACUAAAUUGUAGGUUUACCGACUAGAAUCAAUACUCUUGUAAUACAGUAGUGACAUCUCCAUUUUCAUUUGAAUAUAGGCAGAAAUAUCCGUACGGAUUGUUCAAGAGUUGUUAACAGAUGUUUUUAUUAUUUUAUUUCAUAAAUUUAGUAUCUUAUGAAAUAUGAAAAAUGAAAUUAUAGAUUAAUAUAAUAAAAAGGAAAACUUUUUAGAAGUAAACGAGAUUAAUGAUAUGAAAAAAUUUUAAUCAUGCUCAAUUGAGCAUAUAGUCAUAUAUUUUCUUAUCCAUUGCUUUCCAAUCAAAGACCUUCCACUUUGAAAGUGGACAACGGGUUUUAGGAUAAACGUUUCUUCCAAAACCAUAAUGAUCUUCAUGAUCUAAAACGAUGAUAUUCUUAUCUUUAAUCAUCUUUUUCAGAUUUUCCUUUUGCUGUUCAGAAGUGGUGAUACAGAUGUAAUUUUUGAAUUUUCCUUCAUCAGCCAUUGUGUCUUUUGAGAGUUUCUAUUGCAGAAUGAAUAUUUAAAUACAAUGGAUUAACCAUACAACUAUGGAUUUAAUGACGUAAGUAGUGGAUAUUUAGUUUUAACCAUUUGAAUUAAUUACUGU